GCGUCUCAGCUUCUGCCAAUCAGACUGGCGGUCGGAAGUGUCGUUACCGGCGCGUUUCCUGGAAACGAGUCCGGUCCGGGCGGGCACAGCUGAGGGACAAACGGGAGCGAGCGAUGGAGGCGACGCCAGGGCCUGGGGAAGCAGGGGGCCCCAGCUGCCGGCUGGAGUUUGCAGUGCAGAUGAACUGCCAGGAAUGUGUGGAUGCCGUGCAGGCCUCUCUGCAAGGAGCAACAGGACUCCGGGUGCUGGAUAUUCGGCUGGACUCUCAGACUGUGCUGGUGGAGACCAGCAUGAGUGCUGGGAAGGUGAAGGACCUGCUGGAGAGCACAGGCCGCCGGGCUGUGCUGAAGGGCAUGGGGAGCAGUGAGCCACAGAACCUCGGUGCAGCUGUGGCCAUGAUGUCAGGCCCCUGCCUCGUCCAAGGGGUGGUUAGAUUCCUGCAGGUCUCCCCAGAGAAGUGUCUCAUUGAAGGGACCAUUGAUGGUCUGGAGCCAGGGUUGCAUGGGCUGCACGUCCAUGAAUUUGGGGAUGUCACGAACUCCUGUGACAGUUGUGGAGACCAUUUCAACCCAGAUGGGAAGCGUCACGGGGGCCCGCAGGAUGCACACAGGCAUCUCGGAGACCUUGGCAACGUGCUGGCUGGCAGCAAUGGAAGAGCAGACUUCCGGAUGGAGGACACCCGGCUAAAGGUCUGGGACAUCAUCGGCCGCUCUCUGGUGGUGGAUUCUGGUGAGGACGACCUUGGCCGUGGGGGUCACCCACUCUCUAAAGUCUGUGGGAACUCGGGUGAGAGGCUGGCCUGUGGGAUCAUUGCCCGAUCUGCUGGGCUGUUCGAGAACCCCAAGCAAAUCUGCACCUGCGAUGGCGUGACGCUGUGGGAGGAGCGGGAGAAGCCAGUGGCAGGGCCAGCCAGGAGGAAGCUUGGCCAGCCCGCCCCUCACCUGUAGGAUUAUAACUUUCCUUUCUCCACAUUGUGCCUACUGGUUGUUGCUCUAUGCCGGGGCUCAGUGUGUUUCUAACAUCAAAGGGGUGGCACUUUGGGCCUGCGGUAUAGGAGAUCUGACGUGAGCUUUAGGUGGGGACUGGACUUCUCCACAGCGUCCCCGUCUCAUACCACAGUCUCGUUCUUCUAUUGCCAACCUCUGAGCAGUUUCGUGUCCUGACCCUUCCCCAGCUGGGUGCUCCUAAACUUGCUGCAGACGAUGUCUCAUUUUAUAGGGGAGCGGUAAAUAGGCUCUGCAGUUUUUUGCUGCUUUGGGUUUUGA